AGUUUAGAGUUUGAAUUUUUUUAGGUUUUAUUCUGUUUUGUUGUUCUGCUAUAUUUUUUUAAAUCCCCCUUUGUUAAAGAAUGUAAUUAGCAAGUAAAUUACAGCAUUAGAAUCUCAAGUUGUGGAAUUAGUUGAUGAUAUCAUUGGAAUUUUGUGUUCAGAAUCUGUUUGGUGUCUGGGAAAAUAAAAGAAAAUUAUUAAAAAAAGAGAAAAAGAGCAACCUUUUUUCCAGAGUUGACUCCAACAUUGGACUCAAGAAAUAAACUUUAUUCACUCAGACUUUUGAACUUUAGUCUUUGUUAUAUGUUCCUUUUUCUUUUUAUAUAUUUCAUUCUUAAGAAGUUUCUAAUUUAUACUUACUUAAGCAUUAGAACCAAGAAAUGUGCUUCCUUUUUUGCCUUAGCUUCCUUUGCGACUCAAUAUAGUUUCCAUUUGAGAGCAAUUUGUUUUAUUUGUGUUUUCUUUUGCUCAAUUUUCAUCUUCGAUUCUCUAGAUGGUUGAUUGGAAAUUGGAAAAAGAAAAAAGAAGCUUGAAAAACCAACUAGUGGAGUUUGGGGCUCAUGGUGAUGUUAGUGGUGGUAUGGUACUGAACUCAGUCCAAGCGGAGGCUAGUAGCGUGGACAAUCAAAAUGAAACAGUAGAAAAUCCUGUCAAAGGAACUUUUCAACAGGGUCUGAAUGAAAAAAUGGAUCGAACUUCUUCAGGAAGCGAUGACAUCCCAGAGGGUAUUCCAGCUGAUGAACCUUAUGUGGGUCAGGAAUUUGAAUCUGAGCCAGCUGCACAUGCUUUUUAUAAUACAUAUGCCACAAGGGUGGGAUUCAUCAUUCGUGUAAGCAAACUUUCCCGUUCAAGGCGUGAUGGAUCUGCUAUUGGUAGGGCACUUGUUUGUAACAAAGAAGGUUUUAGAAUGCCUGACAAACGAGAAAAAAUUGUGAGGCAAAGGGCAGAGACGAGGGUUGGAUGCAGGGCAAUGGUUUUGGUGAGGAAAGUAAGCUCCGGUAAAUGGGUUGUCACAAAAUAUGUGAAAGAGCACACUCAUCCUCUGGCACCUGGAAAAGGUCGGAGGGGUUGCAUUUAUGAUCAAUACCCGAAUGAACAUAAUAAAAUCCGAGAAUUAACACAGCAGCUGACCAUUGAAAAAAGGAGAGUUGCAACCUAUAAAAGACAUCUAGAAUUGAUUUUUGAGCAAAUUGAGGAGCACAAUGAGAGUCUGUCGAAGAAGAUACGACGCAUAGUAGACAGUGUGCAGGAAAUGGAAAACAACAAGCAGCAGAGCCGUGUAUAGUUCCCAGAUAGCUUUUCAUACAUUGUUGAAAUAUAUAUAGGACCAAAACCUGGUAUAUAGUUAUGAUGUUGGAUAUAGACCAGUGUUUUUUAUGAUUUGGUUUGUUUAGAAAAAUCACAUCCUGAUAUUGUUCUAGGUGUUUGUUAGAAUCUAGUCAGGUCUGUUGCCAAUUUAUUGGAAUGCCUUUGUAUAAUUAUGCUUUCAAAUUUGAACUACAUGGAGUAGGAUAGAUUAUUAGGUCAGUCAUUGUACAGUGUUGGGGCCAGCCUUGAGCUGUCUGUGUGAAAUGUGUGAAGAUAAUUGGCAUUGGGAGUGUUAAUUUAGGUGGUUAAAUUAUUCCAUUUAAGUUUUUUGUACUUCUAUUUGGUAAUUUUUUUUGUAUUCGAACUUUGAAACUUGAGUAUUGAAAUUAAGAGUCCAACAUUUUAUCAAUAAAUCUAGGAUAAUUUUGUUUUUUGGGUAAAUGUUUUCUUGCAAUUUGAUUAAACUUUGUCAGUCUUUGUACAGCAUUCAAAUGAUUUUAUUUGUAUUCAGAUAAAUUUUAUAUUAAGACUUUUGGAUACUGUUGUAAUUUGCAGUUCUUUUUCCUACCAUGAUUUUGGCCCUGCAAAUGCGUUUAAGCUUUGCUUGAGAGGAAUGAUAAAAAGGGGUAAGAUUGGUUAAAAUAGACAAGAAAUUAUUAAAAGUUUCGGUAUGCAAAUGAUAAAUUGCUCUUAAAAAUUGAGAAAAAUUAAAUAAAAGGCAGUUAAACUGUUAAGAGUUUAUGGAUUUU